ACCUUAUAUAACUCCCUCACUCUACACAUAAAUUUCCCACCAUCUCCUCUCCGCCUCCCAGAUAAAGUUGCCAUGGCGCAAGAGCUUCACGAUGGAGAGUUCUGGCUACCCUCAGAGAUUCUCACGGACGAUGAUUUGCUCAUGGACUUCAAGACCAAGGCGGCGGAUGAUCUGAGCUCAGCCACCGGGACCGAGAGCGACGAAGACGAUUUUAUCACUCACUCCUCCAAGGGAUUGGAGUCUCCACAAUCGACUCUAUGCGCUUCUUCUUCGUCCAAGGAAAUUAGUGGUUGGGAUUUACUAUGUGCUGCUGCAGAGCAAGUGCAGAGGAUGCGAAUUGCUGAUGAAAUCAAGCCCUUUGUCAAGACACAAGCCUCUCUCGCUUUUCUGCACCUGCAAGCCACUAAUUUUCAGCAGCAUCACAGCAUGUGGGGGCAAAUCGACCGAGAAAUAGGAACAAGUCAAGGUUCCAUGGCGUCCUGGCCUUCUUUGCACCAGUCUCAACAGCAGCAACCAAUGAAAACGGUUUUCCUUGGAGAAACUGCCCUUAAAAAAGAGCGAAUCGGAACCGGAGUUUUUUUGCCAAGAACAUUAGGAUCCGUCCCCGCCCAAAACCGGAACAAACCAGGUGCUAGUGUGAAGCAAAGAAGAAACCAGAAUGGGCCGUUCCUACGAGGACAACAAAGAAGAAGCCAGCCCGAACCCGCUAUGAGUCAAGAACUCAGGCUUCCACAAGAGUGGACGUAUUAAAAAAGCCGGGAUACACCGAAUCACUAAAUGGUGAUUUUUGCAUUGAUUUCGUUAAUUAUAUUUUUAGUAGAGAGAAAGAAUAUGGGUAUACAGAGUAGUAGUGUAGUACUAAGACAGUGGCAGUAGUUAAUACUAGUAGUAGUAGAUGAUGAUGAAAAAGAUUAGCGACUGAUUAUUUUUUAUUUAGAUUAUAAAUUACAAAAGUGAUGAAUGGAAUAACCUUGAUAGAUUA